AUGCACUUGGAAACCCCGUUUGACGCUUUCGAGCGAAAAAGUCGUGAGAAAGUGUCUUCGCUCCAUGCGGCUCUGGAGGUGGAACGCUCGGAAAACUGCUGCCGCGCCCUGCAGCUCUGCGACCAGCAGAGGAGGACGACGAGGCUUCACGACGACCUGUGCCGGCUGCAGGGUCAUCUGUUCCACACUCGUCAGGGCAACCGGAAGCAGGAGCCUCCCAGUGUGGCGCAUCGAGCAGGCGAGUUCUUCCUGCCAGAUGCGGUCACCCACGAGCUACCGAAGGAUGGCUUCCUGGACGUCUCUGUGCACGCUCUGCCAAGUGUGGCCACGCCUGCGACCGUGACGCCCGUCACGGAGUGCUCGGCGGGCAUGGAAGCCCCAGAGGAUCCCGACGGUGGGAAUCCGACGGACACGAACUUCCUCGACACGGCGAGUCCUGAGCCUCUGUCACCGGCGGCACCUGCAGUGACGCCGUCGCUGCCGGAGGAGCCCGGAUCACGCGCGGAGCGCGCGCAGAUCGAGGCCGCCAUGCGUGACGUGCUGGAAGAGGUAGCCUUCGACCACCUCGUUGUCCGUUGCAACGGCUUCUACGAGUUCGGAAAGAUGGCUCGGGCCUGCCUGCGGCUCAGCGAUGGCGUCCUCACAGCUUCCGUGGACGGCGUCAUCUACGAGCCGUUCGAGGAAUUCCUGAGCAAGCUCCAGGAGCCUGCGGCGAGCCUUCGAGCUGCGCGGCGCGAGGAUUGCCCACAGGCUUCUCAGGUCGCUGCACCCCGGGAAGCCGAACCAAGAAAGCCGCCACCCUCGCCGGGUUCCAGCGCUGGUCCUGAGCGAGGCAGUGGCAGAGCAGAGGCUGCAGCGAAUGGCACCCGAGGAGGCGCGCCUGCAAAGCUGAGCCGAGGAGCCAGUCCCAGUCAAGGUCGACGGCUCAAAGUAGACCGGAGAGGCUCAGCGGCCGCCGAGAAAGCGGCGCCAACCUCUGGUCACGUUCCCUCCUCAUCCAGUCGACCAAGCCAGGCCGCAGACUAA